ACAUAAAAACUAAAACAGAUAAAUAAAAAAGCGUCCAAUUGAAAAAUAUACAAUAUAUACAAUAUACUUUUUCUUCUCUUUGAGCGCAAAUGCGCGCUCAAUCGAAACGAAAUUAUUCGCAAUUGAAUUUUUGCACCGGUGCACAUCGCGGUUACGGUUGGGUGAGAAAAGAAAAGAGUACACCAACACCAAGAACCCCUACCACCACCACCACCAUCAAUACCACCAUCAACAACAACGCCAACGCCAACACCAAUACCAAAAUCGACCAACCACCAAAUGCGAGCACUGUGGCAGCAUAUGAAGGUAAAAAACAACAACAACCACAAAUCUAAGGCAGAUAGUUGCACUGUGCAACUUUGAUAUGAGUUGAUACAACAACAAUAAAACACAAGCGCACAAACUUGCGCAGCUUGAGUGAUUUGAGUCGAAUGCAGAAUAAACAGAAAAUGUGUAAAAAUAACGAAACAGCUGCAAUUCUACCAGUGUAUGAAGACGCCAUCAACAAUGAAAUAACAAAACCAAAAAACACUACGUGCAUUUCAUUGUUGUUGCUAUAUCCAGGUUUGCCUGAAUGCCUGCCUCCGCAGACACACGUAUACACAUACAUAAUCAGCAAGCGACAGCCAAGAAGCUAGCCAGCAGUUAGUCACUCGAGCGUUUGGUCAUAAAGUUGCCUUGCCCAUGCAAGCGCGCAGAUAGUUUACAAAUACAAACAAUGAAGGCAUAUCUAACUACAUGUGUAUGUCUGUAUGUAUGCACCUUAUCGCUCAUUUAUUUAAAAUUCUACUCGGUAACUCGUCGUCGCACAUUUGUUUAUCUGUCGAUUUGCCGGCCGCCUGCCUGCCUGCCUGCCUGCUUUCCCAACCCAAGUUGUGUGAAACUCACUCAAGCGCUCGAGUACAAAGUGCUGAGUGAGUGAGUGCGCGAGCGAGUGGUUGCAUGAGUGCGAGCCACGGUCUAUCAACAGCUGAAACUAGAGUGCUCAAUUUUGACCUGGCCUUUCUUUGCCAGGAAUUGUUGACGUCGUCGGGGUUAUUCAGUUAGUAUUCUCACGUCAAACGGUUUAGAUCGACUUUCGCGCGAUUCGCAAGAAACACCAUAAAUGUACAUUCGGUCGUUGGCUAGCAGCUUGCAUGCUCGUUAGGUUUUCUUUUGGCUUGCUUGCUUGCGGUUAUAGGCAAUGUGCGCCAGUUUGUUAGCGCUGUUAAUGACGUCUUUUACUUAGAAGCAAAUCUACUGCUGCCAACGCGCAUUGUUCUUGCAUAUCGCUAAAUAGUUUUUUUGUGUUUUGAUCGUGUCGGUUAUGCGCUGUAGCGCAUAGGAACUUUUGCGUUUAAAGGAAGCUGUAAACUGUAAUUAAAAGCUACGAAAAAAUAAAGAAAAAGUUUUAAGAAACGUUUUUUGCCAAAAUAACUCUCGACAGAAACCCUACAGUGUUAAUAAAUAGAAUCGUUAAAGUUUUAAAAACACACUUGACACAAAAGUGAAACAAAGUAUAUAUUAAAAUAAAAACUAAAAAAUAUACAAAGUAGUGUGAAAUGAAAUAAAUUUUAUUUAAAAUAAAUAAAAUAAAACAAAAUCAAAACCUAACCAAAUAAACAAAAUGUUCUAACAAAAACUUAAAACAAAAAAAUAAUCAACAUUUGUUGUUGCUGUUGUUGUUUUAACUAGCAUACCAAAACGUCGCUACGACACACCACAGUUUAUUUAAUAUAAUAAUUUAUUUUUGUUUCGAAAACUUGCACGCCGCAAGUCUCCACAUCACCAAAGUUAAUUUGUAUUUUUCGUUAUACAAAAUCGAAAUAAAUCACAUCAUGGGUUUAUCGGAAAAUCAAGCCAACAGCUAUAUGCCCACUAGCACAGGACCUGGCGGUCAAGUCGUCGUCGUGGAGUGCCCAAAUCAUCGAAUUUCCAACAAAAAGCUGCAUAUCUUGAAGAAGAUCAAGAAACGUUUUGGAUUAGUACGUCGCUCACCAUCCUCCUGCCCGGGUCCUAACAACUUACCUCCCCUCCAGUUUCACACCGUACACGGCGACAACAUACGGAUAUCCCGUGACGGCACUUUGGCGCGUCGUUUCGAAAGUUUCUGCCGCGCGAUCACCUUUUCAGCACGUCCGGUGCGCAUCAACGAGCGCAUAUGCGUGCGUUUCUCCGAAAUUUCAAACAAUUGGAAUGGCGGCAUACGUUUCGGUUUCACCAGCAACGAUCCGGCAACACUGGAGGGUGCGCUACCCAAGUACGCCUGUCCCGACUUAACGAAUCGUCCCGGUUUCUGGGCGAAGGCGCUGCACGAACAGUAUUGCGAAAUGGAUAACAUACUCUAUUACUAUGUCAAUUCGGCCGGUGAGGUGAUCUAUGGCAUCAAUAAUGUGGAGAAGGGUGUCAUAUUGAGCGGCAUCGAUACGCGUGGCUUACUCUGGACUUUGGUGGAUAUCUAUGGCAAUUGCACCGCAAUUGAGUUCUUGGAUUCACGUGUCUAUAUGUAUCAACAAAGUGGUAAUGGACUUGUUGCCGCCGGUGUAGCAUUACCUACCGGCAAUAGUGCUGUAAUUGGCGCAGGCGGUACAUUGCCUGGUCCACAAAUUCCACUGAAUCCACAUCAUCCGCAUCAACAAUCGCGUCGCUCAUUGCCAGCUGUCGAACAGGAUUUGGAUCGUCAUGUGUUGCCAUCAAUGCAAUCGCUGAAUAUUUCGAUGGAACAAAUGCCGUACGCACAAGACAUGGCCAACGGUCUGCCACCGUUACGAUACAAUGCCAAUGGUCGCCUCAUACCGGUGCCCUUCCAUAUCACCAAAGGUCGCAAUGUGCGUCUCUCUAUGGAUCGCUUCAUAGCGUCGCGCACGGAGAAUGAUUUCUGCCAGGGUUAUGUGUUCACAGCGCGUCCCAUACGCAUCGGCGAGAAGGUAAUUGUACAAAUACUCAAAACAGAGCAAAUGUACUUGGGCGCAUUGGCGCUUGGCCUUACCUCCUGCAAUCCGGCCGCACUGCAACCCUCCGACCUACCCAACGACUCUGAUUUUCUGCUCGAUCGCCCGGAAUAUUGGGUGGUGAGCAAAGAUAUUGCCUCACAGCCACAACGUGGCGAUGAGAUUGCUUUCUUCAUCGCGCCCAACGGCGAGGUGACCAUUAGCAAAAAUAAUGGACCAGCAGUUGUUGUCAUGCAUGUCGAUCAAUCUCUACAGCUGUGGGCAUUCCUCGAUGUUUACGGCUCCACCCAGUCGGUACGCAUGUUCCGCCAACAGCUGCCCAAUAUGGUGAACUACCCACAACAACCACUCUCAGCUGCACCGUCAACACAACGUCUGCCGCAACACGGCAAUAUGUCAAUUGCCGAAUCGAUGAAUAGUCUGAAUAGUCAAAUGUCCGAAUCGCGCAAAAUGUUGCACACCUCUGCGCUCACCGUGGCAUCACACAACACCAUGAACAGUUCGGCGGCGACACUCGCUUCCAUGACGGCAAAUGCGGCGCAAACUCAUUGUAAUGUACCUGCAGCGACGGUGUCUACGGUGUCAUCCGUCAGCAACACCAAUGGCAAUACCACGGCGACGGCGACCGGUCACAUGAUCAGCAUGCCAUCAAGUGGUGAUCUCAUACAGAUUCAGCCCAACGGUGGCGGAACUGUCUUGGUUGUGAAUUUGCCGCCUGCGAACUCAACACAUGAGUUGAAUAGUGUCAGUGGUGGCGGUAAUGCGGUGAACGCGACAAGGCAACCCACAUCAGGUGUGUUGGCUGGCGCAUGUUCGUCAACGAUGGCUAAUAAUCAAUAUGUUGAGCCCGUGUCCACAUUGAACAGUUGCAAUUCUACUCAGGAGAUGAAUAAAUGGAAAGACACCGUGGAUCACAGCAAUAGCAGCGCUGGCGCUGAAUGCACAAUCUGCUAUGAGAAUCAAAUUGACUCGGUGCUCUAUAUGUGUGGUCAUAUGUGCAUGUGUUAUGAUUGCGCCAUCGAGCAGUGGCGUGGCGUUGGUGGCGGUCAGUGUCCACUCUGCCGGGCCGUUAUACGUGAUGUUAUACGCACAUAUACCACGUGAACAAGAUCAUAAAACGCACCAAAAUAAUAACAAAAACAAAACUUAACCAUAACCUCAAAGCAGGUGAAAUGGAAUGCAAAAUUUUACGCUAAUGCCUAAAGUAGAGCCGAUUUUUUAAAUUUACAAUUUCGCGUUACAACAAAGCGUUAGAUUAUUACAAUAAUAUACAAAACACGUGAGAAUGUGAGAGAGUAAAAUGAAACGUAAUUCCUACUUUAACAGAAAUUGUCUCCUAACAAAGUAUAUAAUACGUGUAUACCAAAAAAGAAAGGAAACAACCGAAAAAUAGGCAACAGUAUAACCGUCAAGUGCUUAAGUUAAGCACACAAAUUGUUACUCGCAGUCAAAGACAGAUGAAAUGGAUGGUGGAGCUUUCGUGAAUGAUCGAUGUGUGACCGAAUAACUAAACAACUCGCAAUUUUCUUAGAAGACUAGCACGCACUUCAAAAGCGUGCCAAACUCAAUAGGAACUAACGCAAAUAAAUAUAUGAUAAUGUCCAAAAAUACAAGAGAACACAGCACUUAUGAUUAAACAUAAACUAAUAUGUAAUUACAACUGAUUAAAUUAUAAUAUUAAAUUAUUAUUAUCUUUAAAAAGCAGACUAGACUACUUUAAGAGUAUAGCUAAAACGUAAAAAAUUAUAAUAAAAAACAGAUUUAAAAGCAAAUUAGAAACAAAAAAGCAUUUACUCUAAAGCAGAGCAGACACAUGUAGAUUUUAUAUUUAGUACUUAGCAGUUAGAAAUUAAAUAUAAUGCCACGUCAAGUAAAUAACUAAAUGCAGCGUAGUGUUAAAACUCCUCGGCGCAUUGAAACUAAACGCUGAAAUUUGCAAAUUUUAAAUUUAUAUUAGACUUACUGGAUGAAGCGCAUAACAAAAAUAUGAAAAUAACAAAAAACAACAAACAAACAACAAUUGUAACAACAAUAUUCUAAAUUUGUGAUUUUAUGAAAGAAAAACAAAAUAUUUAUAUAAUAUUUUAAGCAGCCUUUAUUGGUGACGAAAUUGUAACGAUAUGUAGUUAUAUAAUAUUGUAAUUAGUAAUAUUUAAUGCAAGAAAAUUUUCAAACUGAUAGUGUUUUCAAAAAUGUGAAGUCCAAAAUUAUUUGUUUCGAUUAAGCACUACUUAUUUAACAAUUAUUAUGUGAUUAAGUAUAAGGCUGAUUAUAUGUUGAAAGUUUAACUUGGAAUUGUGCGCUAAAGGAUUUACUUAUAUUUUUGAUUAAAUUAUGCAUUUAUCAAUGAAGUAAUAAAUGUCGCAAAGUAACACAUUUUCAAAUUUAUUUUAUGUUUACUUUCAACAAAUCUUGUAAGCAAGCUAACUAUAAUAUGCCUAUUUACCUGCUCUUAUUGACGGCAUAUUGGAAUCUCCAAAUCAGCCUUUUCCUCAAACAAUUAAUCGCAUAAUAUUUUUUUUAUUGCUAGUUACUAAUUCUCUCUAUUUGCCGUUAGUUCAGCAUUUGUUCAAUAAAAAUUUUAAUACAAAAAUUUCUAGUUACAAGUCACACUUUUCAAAUGUUUCAUAACAAAAAAGCCUAAAAAACACUUCUAUGCAUAAAUGCCGCAUUUGUUUUAUUUAUUUAUAAGCAAAACUGCCAGAAAUUGUUACUAUUGUACAAAAUACUCGAAUGUUAAAAAAGUAACUUGCUAACAUUUGUGUUGUUCAAUAUUGAAGUGUGUAGAACUACACAAUUGCUCCUACUUAAACGGCCUAAUAAUAUAAUAAUAAAAAUGGAAUAGGAAUAACUUUCCAUAUUGUAAUAUAUUAGUGUACAUAUAUGCAGUUUUCAACCAAAUGCGUAAAAAAUCAAUUUUUUUAUAAAUGAAAAUUUCGAACAUUUUUGCGAAAAUAAUUGCAUAAUGAAAAGAUUUUGUGAAAAACAGUGAACGCCUUUUAUAUUUUAUGUAUGUAAAGUGGCAACACUGUAUUUUUUUUUUAAUAUCCAGCAUAAUUUUUAUAUUGAAGAUAAUUUGCGUGUUAAAACAAUCAUUAUUUCUACUUUAAUUCGAUUUGUUAUCUAUUGUAUUGUAUUUUCCUCAAGUUUAUAAUGAAAAACCUACUGACCAAGAUAGUUUUAGUUUCCUAUUUUAAGACAUGCAUAUUUUUAUACUUUUAUAAAUAACAAUUAUAUAUAGUAUUAAGUUAUUUUUUGUAUUAAUUUCUAGUCAACGAACAUUAAAAUACAUAUAAAUAAAAGAAAUGGGUUUAAAAGCAACAGGGACAAAUGAGAUCAAUUUGAAGUAAAUGCAAAAAAAAAAUUAUUAUUACUAAUGAAUGAAAAUAGAGAAUAAAAUAAAACAAUGUAAAAAAAAAAUAAUUAAAUAAUAAAGGCUGCCACUAUAAAGAUUAUAAAUAACAAGAAAGCAAAAUAUUUUAAUGCAAGUUUUAAUGGAAAUUAAACGCUACAGAAUUAGGAGUUUUUAGGCUUUUUAAAUAGCAAUUGUAAAUGAAAAAAGAAUGUAUGUACAUAAGAAGCAUUGCAAAGGAAAUCAAAAAUGAAUUUUAUCUAUUAAAAAUCAAACAAAUAAAAAUAGAAGAACAAGAAUUUGAAUAACAAUAACAAGAAAAAAGACUUUGAUAUGACAAAUGCCCAUUAAGAUAUAAAUGAAUUAAAAAAUAACAUAAUUAAUUAUUUAUGAAGCAAAUAUAUGAGAAAGCAGAGCUAAAAAUUUAUUUGUUUGAAAAGCAAAUGUUAAAACAAUAAUUUGAAUGACGAAUACACGUUCGAUACAAAUAGCGGUAACAUUUAUGUUUAACAUGUAUUUAUUUUAUAAAUCA